CAGCCUACACAUCGUUGGGCUGUUGCCCCCAUCUACACAAGCACAACUUAAUCGUAUUCCAGGGGCAGCAUUGCAAAUGCAGCGUGAACUGCAAUGGUACCAGGAAGUAGAGAGUAUUGUACCUUCUAGGUCUCUUGAGCGGAGGAACGAUGAUGAACGUUUGACACCAAGGGAACUAUUCACAAAGAGUCACAGGGGAUUGCUAAAGGAGGGAGAAAAAUGGAUGAAAGCGACAGCAACUUCUUGCACUGUUGUAAGUGCUCUUAUUAUUACCAUCAUGUUUGCUGCAAUAAUCACAAUUCCUGGAGGAAACAAAGAUACCGGCCUUCCCGCAUUCAUCGAUGAAAAAUUGUUUAUGUUAUUUAUGAUUUCAGAUGCUAUAUCACUCUUUUCUUCCACAACUGCUACGCUGACGUUUCUCGGAAUUCUCAUGUCACGUUACUCAGAAUAUGAUUUCCUAAAGUCCUUACCCACACAGAUGAUAAUUGGUCUUGCCACUCUUUUCUUCGCCAUUGCAACCAUGAUGAUUGCGUUUUCUGCUGCCCUUCUAAUUAUAGUUCGUGGACAUUCUUGGAUUGUGAUUCCAACCAUACUUCUUUCAAGUGUUCCAGUCACUUUAUUUGCUUGGAUGCAAUUCCCCCUCCUAAUUAGAAUUACCAUUUCUACUUACGGGAAAUCAAUAUUUAAUAGGAAUGUGGAACGUUGGUUGUAAAGCUAUUUCAUUCUUUUAUAUUUCUUAUUGUAUCUGUUUAUGUGGGAUCUUAAAAUUAGAGG